AUGCCUAAAUUAGAACAAUUUGAGAUUAAGAAAUAUUGGCAAAUCUUUUCUGGUUUAAAACCAGUAGAUCAAAAAGUAACACACGAUCAAGUUUUGCCAAUUUUAUACAAUUCAAAACAAGAUUCUUCUGUAUUAAACAAGAUUUGGUUCCUUGCCGAUAUCGAUGAUGAUGACAAUUUGGAUUUUGAGGAAUUUGUUAUAUGUAUGAGAUUGUUGUUUGACAUGGUAAACAAGAAUAUUGAUAAAGUCCCUGAUGAAUUACCUGACUGGUUGAUUCCUGGAAGUAAAUACAAAUUGGUUAAAGAAAGGAUACAAAGAAAGCAAAAAGAGAAUGAAUCUUUGCCACCACAAAAGGAGCCACCAAAAGUAGAUUGGUAUAUUUCACCGGAAGACAUGAAAUAUUAUAAUCAAAUAUUUGUUCAAUGUAAUAGUAAUGACAGUACAAAUGAUGGUUCUGUAACUUUUACAGAGUUGUCUCUUCAAUUGAAAAAUAAAUUCUUCAAUAUCAGUUCAAGUGAUAUGGAAAAGGUUUGGAAAUUGGUCAAUCCAAAAAAUUUAAACUCAAUUGAUAAAGAUCCGGCUCUAUAUUUUAUUCACAUCUUGAGACAACGUAAUGACUUAGGAUCAUUGAUACCUUCAGACGUACCCAAGAAUUUAGAAGGUGUUUUUAAUAAGCAGCCAAUUCAAUAUGAUCUAAAGUCUGAGCAAGCACAAGUUAAAAGAAGCACUAUUAAUCAAUCAACUACAACAUCUGAACCAAACACUUCUACUAAUACUGCUAUUGCUAGUACUACUAAUGACUCUAUCAAUAAUACUAAUAGUUUGCCUAAUGUUGACGCAAACAUUGACAUGAAUAAAAUUACAACUCUUGAGGAUGCUAAAUUGAUUAGAGAGCAAUUACAAGGGUUGUUGAACUAUAGAAACGAUAAGUAUGUUAAUGGUCAAAACUUUUCAGCCAGAGCAUCAAAUUAUAAUUUGCAAUCAUUUAUUGAAGAUCUUGAUAAUAUAGAACAACAAGUCAAUGAAUUGACAGUGUAUCUAAAUCAAAAGAAGCAGGAAUUGAAUGACAUAAAUGAUGAACUAAGUAAGUAA